GGUCAGCAGAAUGACUACAUCAUCCUCUCACUGGUCCGCACCAGAGCUGUGGGACAUCUGAGGUAGGCACUUUACCACACACACUAAACAGAUAUACACCACACCAGUCACUUUACCCCCCAGAGGAGCUUUUUUUAAAUGCCUCUUUUUAAAGAGUCUCUUGGUAUGAAUAAAUGUGGAGUUUUCAGAAAAGUUGGUUAGGUCUUUACAGACUUAUUUCUCAUGUCACGCACAGGGUGGAUAAAAUCAGCUUUUGAGGAGGAUUUAGAAAAGGAGAACGUGCCACCGCACUAACCAUUUUUAAGUUCAGCUGCAGCAUUGUGUAAAGAUGAUUGGGGUGAGAGUAUCGAAUAAAGAGCAGCUUUACCAUCAAAGGGUUUUUGUAAAACAGCCUAUUACAGGUUUUGAGAGCCCUGUUGGUAACCACUCGCCUGUGUUAAGUUGACUGUCUUUUUCUGAUUUUUCUCUUGCUCUUUCUUUCUUACUAUCUUUUUCUGUCUCCAUGUCUCUGUCCUUCUCUUGCUCUUUCACUCUCCUUUUCUUUUGUACUUUUACUCUUCUUUUCUCAAUUACUCUUUCUUUGACUCUCCCUCUCUUCCUUUCUCUUCUGCUCUUUCUCCUCUCACUCCCCUCCCUCACUCCCUCUUUCCCUCACUCCCUCUCACUCCCCUCUCCAUCCCUCCCUCCCCCUCUCCAUCCCUCCCUCCCUCUCACUCCCCCUCUCUCUCUCUCUCACUCUCUCUCUCUCUCUCUUUCUCACGCCCCCUCUCUCUCUCACUCCCCCUCUCUCUCUCACUCCCUCUCUCUCUCUCUCUCUCUCUCUCUUUCUCACGCCCCCUCUCUCUCUCACUCCCCCUCUCUCUGAAUUGAUACCUUGUGAAAAUACCUUUCAUUUCCAGGCUGUUAUGAGAUACCGACGAGCCCCUCUUCCUUAAUACGCUGCAUAUUUAAACACCAGGCAAAUAUUUUAGCUGUCUGUACCAGGACGCGCACACACACACACACACACACACUCCCUCUCCUUGUGAUGUAUAGUGGAGGGUGCGCUGGUGUAAUGUGUUUUUACGGAUAUAGGCCUAUUGGAGGCGCGACAUGGCCGACCGUCUCCAAAUGGAGCUUUGGCUGGAUGAAUAAGUCAUCCUCUCCUUUGAUGCCUGUUCUAGCUUAGCAGCAAGUGCAUAAAGCCAGGGCCAAAAAAAACACUUCAAAACUCCCUUUUCUCUGUGUCUGAUAAAGGAGAAAAUUGAUGGGCUGGUGGUGAAGGGGUGCAUGUGGGCCAGGGAGAGUCACCAGUUUAUCAUGUUGUCUCACCUAUCACAGGAGAUGACACCCUUCUGCUUAAUUCACAUUUCAUUCUCUGUCUCUCUUUAUAUGUGGAGUGGGUUUUAAAACACCUCUUAUGUCCAAGAGUUAGUUAUUCACAGAAGGGGAGAAGAAAUACUGUAUUGUAACUCCAAGACAUGAGCGUUUUAUCAAUGGGUUCACAUUGCAAGUGUUAUUUUUGAAUGGCCAACUGUCUACUUUGUACUAUGAUAGACAUUAAACCACUGUUGAACAUGGCCAAUUCAAUAACAUUCCCUACUUGUUGUGUGUUUUGAGCAUAGAAAUACUUUAAGCUAGAGAGGAUCUCUGACUGAUUGUGCUAACUUAAUUAAUAUCUUGGUGGCCUUUCUGAAUGGGUGGGAAAGCAGUGAUUCAUGAGAAAUUCCCCCUGCUGUCUCUCCCAUGCUGAGUUCUCUCUCCAGUAUGGCGGCAUUACCUCGCUUCACUCCACUCUGCUCAUAGCAACCCGCUGCCGUGCAACUGACCGUAUGACAAGCUGACCCCUCGAUCUGACAGCCUAGGAGAAGCCCUCCCACUGGGACACACACGGGGAGGGACACAUACAUAGACAGACACACUGUGACAGCAGCACACACACACACAUGUACUGGGACACACACACAGGGUCACACUCAGACACAGACACACUCUGACAGGCGCACAACCACACACACAUGUGCAGGUAUACACAAAUGUUGACACACACACACCAAAGAGAAGACAUGCAGGGAGACAGACACACCCCGACAGGCACUGACAGACACACUGCCCCUCUACAUGACUGCUUAUGUCAAGGAACCACCCAGGUGGGCGUCCCCUACCCCUGCACACAGAGCUGUUUCCUCAGGCGAAGACUGCUUCUGAUUGGCUCCUCUCUUGUCAGGCUCUUUGCUGAUUGGAGGGCUGCUCUUGUGGUUUGUUUCUGUGGCAGUGAUGUGUUUUAGGUAGCGUUUCCAUGGUCCACAUUCUUGUGAGUUGUUGUUGCCUUGUUAACUAAAGAGAUUACUACACACACUAGUACGCUCACACACACGCCUACACACAGUUUAACACAACACCCCAUACAUAACACACAAGUGUAGAUUAAUCUCGUGGUCUACUCGUGUCCAUUUCACAUUCCACGUCUUGUCUGUGUAUGAAUGUAUGUUUGUGUGUAGAGUUUUACACACGGAGACAAAGAUUGUUUAGAAUCUCACCAGAGCUCCCUGAAUAAGCCAAAGAAAUCUCCUUCCUUCCCACGCAAAAGCCUUUACCUCAGCCCAUGUUGACAGGAUCAGUGUUAGUGGAGCUGGAGAAGGUCUUACCGUCAGUUUCACUCUACAUCAGCUGAGUUAUUAUAGUAGUAUGCUACAGUAUACAGUCAUUUGAGAUUUCUACCUGUAACUUGGACUGGAGCUACCUGGCUUUGUCUUGGUUGAACUACUGCCUCACUAUGGUCUGAAUACAAUAGAUAAACCUGCUGUUGUAACAUAAUGGCUGAUCACCAGCCCAGUGUGAACAGUUGGUUCCCUGCUUUUACCCAUAUAGUCAGAACUCAGGAGUUAAAAUUAGAAUUCAAUUCUGUGCUGCUGAUGUGCGCUGUCUUAUCAAGGUUGCUUAGAUAAAUGAGGCAUUUAUCAUACAUAUAUUUAUUGUUAGAUACUACUUGAAUUGUUAGAUACUACUGCACUGUUGGAGCUAGGAACACAAGCAUUUCGCUACACCUGUAAUAUCAUCUGCUAAAUAUGUAUAUGUGACCAAUAACAUUUAAUUUGAUUUUAUAUCUGUCCCAUAAUGUCCCUGGCUCCUCCCUGGGGACCAGGACUAGCAGAGUAUAGCAGCCUGCAAACUAUAUUUUACUAAACACACCACCACUGCACGGCAGUAUUACAGCCAGGGAAACAGAAGCUUCCCGACUCCCCUCUCUCUCCCUCUAAUCCUUUAAUUCCACUGGAUGGAAAGAAAGUAGCCCAUCUCCUCGCUCUGUCUCCCCUCUGCCUUUUGUCUGUCGCUCCUCUCUCUGCCUUUCCUCUCCCUCUCGUUCCUUGCCCUCUGCUUUUUCUCCUCUAGCCAUCCUCCCCUCCCUCUCAAUUUUUUUAUCUCCUCACCUUUGCUGCCUUAUCUUUCUUUAACGCCUCUCUACUCCUGCUCUCUCAUCUGUCACUUUCGCGCCUUUCCAAUUCCUUUAUAAAUGUUCCCUCUUUUUCUCACCCACUUGCUUUGGGAGUGGAAGGGUUGUGUAGAUAGUGAUUUAGAGGCAAUAUGUGCCAAUUGCCAAUGCUGGUGCUCUUUUUUUGACUCAAUUAAGUGGUUUAAAAUGUAAUUUCUCUCUCACUCCCCCUCCCGCUCUCACUUCCUCUCUCUCCCUCCCGUGCUCUCUCCACAGGGAUGUGAGGCGGUUGGUGGUAGCCAUGUCCAGGUCCAGGCUUGGCCUGUACAUCUUUGGACGGGUCAGUCUGUUCCAGAACUGCUUUGAGCUGACUCCUGCCUUCAAUCAGCUCACUGCCAGACCCUUGAAGCUCCACAUCAGACCCAACGAAUACUACACACAGGGACAGCCUGUGAGUACACACACUCACACUCGCUCGCGCACGCACACACGCGCACACACACACACACAGAGACAAGCUAAUACACACAUGCACUCUCAUACACACUAUUAGGCACAUGCACUACUACAAGCACACACUUUGACUCAAACACUUUCUCAGACACAUAGACAUACGUUUCUAUGCAGUGCCCUUUCCAGCUCCUGCAUAGUACAUACCCCUUCAUCCCCACUGCAGCCUAAUCCUGCCUCUGUCAUAAUUCUCAAUGGAUGGAGUGAUUCCUCCCCUCUCUCGUUCUAUCCAGCCUCUUACCCACCGGCCCAGUCAGUUAACACCAUUCAGUAAAGGCAGACUGUGACAGACAGAUGGGGGAACACAGUCUAUUAUUAACCCCCAAAGGUCACCAGGCAAAGCCAGUCUACCCCAACCCAUACACCCUCCAGGAUAGUGCUAGACUGGGGGGGGGGGUUACUGUAAGCCCCCCCUAGCCCCACCUCGUGGCGCACACACACACACACACACACACACACAUUGGCACGCAAGCUCCAGUUCGAGGGACAGCUCUUUUAGGCACGCACAUGUGCCCCCCUUGCUAAGUACUGACCUAUCAGAAAGAGUCCAGUCCCGGACGCUCCACUUUCUCCUCAGAACCACUGAUUUGGAAUCAGUCUUUCCCAUCCGUCUCUGAGCCUUACUCAUUAUAGACCAUAUAAUAACACUUAUCUGGGACCUGUUGUAAAGCACAUAGAGAAAUCAUGUAAUAUUCAGUUUGUCUAUGCUUAGUUGCCCUUGAUAACAUGAGGUAGUGAAACGUGAUUUGGCUAAUGUAUUGUUAUUGUAAUGCUGUGGUUGAGUUGCACUUAACUGCUUCCCCUUAAAUUAUUUUACUGCAAUUUAAGGGGAAACCGUUAAGUGCAACUCAACCACAGACUUUACUGCACACACACUGGUUGAAUCAACGUGGAAUAGACAUUGAAUUGACGUCUGUGCCCAGUGGGCAGUCUUAUUUUACAACGCCCCUGCUCCCUGCUCCACACAAACACACACACACAGCCCAGUGGACCGCUGCAAUUCCAGCGCAUUACUUAUGUUUAGGGGGCAUUAAUGCAGCUGAGUGAAUAUUCAACUCGCCCGCCAUGCUGUCUUCCUAUUUGCAUAUUCCCUUUCUCUCCCCUGUCUCUCACUCCCUCUUGGCAAUCUCGUCUCUCUCCGGUACUCGCCCCUCUCCCUCUUGGCAUCUCCCUCUGCCUCUCUCUCUCCCUCUUGGCACCUCUCUCCCUCUUGGCACCUCUCUCCCUCUUGGCACCUCUCUCCCUCUUGGCACCUCUCUCCCUCUUGGCAGCCUCCUCCUCCCUCUGGCACCUCCUCUGCCUCUCGCUCCCGCUGCCCUCUGCCUCCCUCUGCCCGCUGCCUCCCUCUGCCCUCUGCUCUCCCUCUUCCCUCUGCCUUCUCUCUCCCUCUGCCUCUCUCUCCCUCUGCCUCUCUCUCCCUCUGCCUCUCUCUCCCUCUGCCUCUCUCUCCCUCUGCCUCUCUCUGCCUCUGCCUCUCUCUCCUCUCCCUCCUCUGCCUCUCUCUCCCUCUGCCUCUCUCUCUCUCUGCCUCUCUCUUUCUCCCUCUGCCUAUCGCUGCCUUUCUCUCUCACUCCGUAGCCGCAUUAAUAGUAAGUGGUCUAAACUAAUUGAUUUGAAGAGGACUGAAGGGAGAAAUGAAUAACCUGUAAACCAUCUCUCUCUCCCUCCCUCAGAGAGAGCCUCGCUCGUCCCAGCCCGACCAGGUGAUCAAGAACAUGCCGGAGAUGGCCAACCUGGUCUACAACAUGUACAUGCACAUGAUCCAGAGCACCCAGCAGUACAGACAGGUAACUACUGACCUCACAACACCCAGUUGUACAGACAGGCAACUACUGACCUCACUACACCCAGCAGUACAGACAGGUAACUACUGACCUCACUACACCCAGCAGUACAGACAGGUAACUACUGACCUCACUACACCCAGCAGUACAGACAGCUAACUACCAUACUACACCAUACACCAGCAAUUGGAAAAACUAGGCUAGCUCCCCUAGCACAGACCACUAGCUCCCCUAGCACAGACCACUAGCUCCCCUAGCACAGACCACUAGCUCCCCUAGCACAGACCACUAGCUCCCCUAGCACAGACCACUAGCUCCCCUAGCACAGACCACUAGCUCCCCUAGCACAGACCACUAGCUCCCCUAGCACAGACCACUAGCUCCCCUAGCACAGACCACUAGCUCCCCUAGCACAGACCACUAGCUCCCCUAGCACAGACCACUAGCUCCCCUAGCACAGACCACUAGCUCCCCUAGCACAGACCACUAGCUCCCCUAGCACAGACCACUAGCUCCCCUAGCACAGACCACUAGCUCCCCUAGCACAGACCACUAGCUCCCCUAGCACAGACCACUAGCUCCCCUAGCACAGACCACUAGCUCCCCUAGCACAGACCACUAGCUCCCCUAGCACAGACCACUAGCUCCCCUAGCACAGACCACUAGCUCCCCUAGCACAGACCACUAGCUCCCCUAGCACAGACCACUAGCUCCCCUAGCACAGACCACUAACCACUAGCUCCCCUAGCACAGACCACUAGCUCCCCUAGCACAGACCACUAGCUCCCCUAGCACAGACCACUAGCUCCCCUAGCACAGACCACUAGCUCCCCUAGCACAGACCACUAGCUCCCCUAGCACAGACCACUAGCUCCCCUAGCACAGACCACUAGCUCCCCUAGCACAGACCACUAGCUCCCCUAGCACAGACCACUAGCUCCCCUAGCACAGACCACUAGCUCCCCUAGCACAGACCACUAGCUCCCCUAGCACAGACCACUAGCUCCCCUAGCACAGACCACUAGCUCCCCUAGCACAGACCACUAGCUCCCCUAGCACAGACCACUAGCUCCCCUAGCACAGACCACUAGCUCCCCUAGCACAGACCACUAGCUCCCCUAGCACAGACCACUAGCUCCCCUAGCACAGACCACUAGCUCCCCUAGCACAGACCACUAGCUCCCCUAGCACAGACCACUAGCUCCCCUAGCACAGACCACUAGCUCCCCUAGGACAGACCACUAGCUCCCCUAGCACAGACCACUAGCUCCCCUAGCACAGACCACUAGCUCCCCUAGCACAGACCACUAGCUCCCCUAGUACAGGCUAAUAGUACAGUAGUGAGAGAUACAGCUAGCUGCUCCAAUGUCACCUAUCAGUUUAUUUACCCACACCUGAGACCGGUUAAUACUGGUCCUCAAACACACCUGCUCCAAAACAACCUCUUACAGUAAUUCCUCUGUCUCUGUCUCUGUCUCUGUCUCGCGCUGUUUUUUAAAACUUUAAUGCAGCGGUGGAAAUAGGUCAGAUGUAAGAUAAUUGUUUUAGUUCUGCAUGCUGAGCCUUAACAGGCCACGAGCCUAACAUUUUAGAUGAGGGAACCAGAAUGAGUUUUAAUUAAAAGAGCAGUGCCUUCUUUUGUUUUACACCAUGGGGAGUGGAGAAUAAAGGAGGGGGAAGGGGUGAUAACGGGUGCUGCUAAGCUACCCCACCCCUCUCUCAUCCCCGCCUAAAGUGGCAGGGCUGCAAUGAAGAGGUGAGGUAACUUUGGUUUUCCAAACAUAACAGGGUGUGCCCUCCCUAACCUGUCCCUAAGGCAUGUGCACAGAUUCUGUCCUCAACCAGAGAGAGCAAGGGAAGGUAGGAACGAGAGCAAAAGUGAUAGAGACAGGAGGACAGAGAGAGGGAUGGGGGGGGGGGAGAUGAGACAUGAGAUGAGCAGUGAUAGAAAUAUAUAUUUUUGUACAGCAUGGAAAAUCUGUUAGGGUCUCAUGUCUACAAUACAUUUUCUCAUGAAUUCAAGAUAUGGAUGAACAUUUUUAUAAAUGUAGGAAUGAUAUGGUGACACCCUGCUUACAUACACCCCCAUUCCUCACCUUCCCCUGUGUUAUCUUCCAUGUCCAGCAACAGCAGAAGCUCCUGCCUCCCCCUCGGCAGACCCAGGCAGAGGCAGCUGUCCAGGCAGACGAGGACCAAGCUGAGACCCCAGUUGAAGUGGAGAACCAGGAAGAGACCCCGAUGGAGCAGGAGUGCUCAGGGGAGGCCGGCACAGAGAAGACCCCACAGGAGACACCAGAGAAGGGCGACCAAGAGAAGGUGCCAGAGGAGCACCCCAAAAUGCCCGAGCACCCUGGCCGAGAUAGCGACAGUGAUGGAGAGGAUAGUGAUGAUGCGGAAGCAUCUUAGAGUGGGGCGUGCCUGUGGGCCCCUGCACUGCUUUAUCUGGCCCCAUAGAUGGGGCCCCAACUGGACUGUCCCUUAGAAAAGAGCUUGGAGCUAAAAUGAUGAUCCUGUUUUAGAAUCGUUUUUCUACUGAAGCCAUGAAGAUGACUUGAGAAGCCUUGAGGAUAAUGUUUAAUUUGAUUUUCCGAGAUGGUCUGUUUUGUAAUCAAUACUUUUUUAGUAAAAUAAUUCUCAAUGUGAAUGCAAUCUGAGUUUUUUAUCUUCUACAUACAUUUGCAGACACAUACUCACACACACCCAGCCAUCCUAUUUAAGCCUUUUUCAAAGCUCCCUGUCAUGUUACUCUUCCAGUCUACACACUUCCGUUCUGCCCCUCCCCCAGACAGGGUCACUGGGAUCUGUCAAUCUGAUUGGCUCGCCCAAUAGCGGCUGGACAUGCUGCCACUAAGCUGCAUUUAUAGGUCAGUCACCAUGCACAUGAAGCCAUGGGGGGAGAGAAGCCAGUACUUCAGACAUUGUAUCACUCACAACCCCACUCAAAUCAUCAGUGUCCAUAUCAGUGUUUGGGAACAAAUGGACACAGUGGCAUACAGUUCACUGAGAUUGUGGUGGUGGAUUAGAGCCUACCCUGACCUGACUCCCAUUUAUAGCAUCAUUGGUCCUGGUAGUGUGGAGAGUCCACAGCCUGCAGGCUCACAGCACAGACUGGGAAUUUAGGCAUUAUCAUGCACCAGAGGUUAGCUAGCUGUUACAUACGUCAGGCUAGCCUGUAACCCUCUCCCCAAGCUACACCCCCACUGUCUGAGAGGAGAGAUUGCAUCCACAGCUGCUCAGGGCCAAGUCACAGUACAGUCGUGGUGCUUCAACAGACCUGAACGCAGCCUAGCUAGAGAAAAAGUAUUGUUUAGAUUCAGGGAAGUGAGAGCAAUGUAUGUAACACGAUUAUCCAGUUUUGUUUUAGUGUACAGGUGUCAUCUUCAAAGGCUGUUUAGAUAUUCAACAUGUUUUAAUGUUUGCUUUCAAAGCCUCUGCGACAUCAAAGCUGAAGCAGAUGUACUCUAGUCAGCCUAGAAUAGAUAUGUCUCUUAUGUGUCAGUUAUACACUGAGAAUACAAAACAUUAGGACCACCUGCUCUUUCCAUGACAUAGACUGACCAGGUGAAUCCAGGUGAAAGCUAUGAUCCCUUAUUGAUGUCACUUGUUAAAUCCACUUCAAUCAGUGUAGAUGAAGGGGAGGAGACAGGUUAAAGCCUUGAGACAAUUGAGACAUGGAUUGUGUAUGUGUGCCAUUCAGAGGGUGAAUGGGCAAGACAAAAGAUUUAAGUGCCUUUGAAUGGGGUAUAAUAGUAGGUGCCAGGCGCACCGGUUUCAAUGUCAAGAACUGCAACGCUACUGGGUUUUUCACGGUCAACAGUUUCCCGUAUGUAUCAAGAAUGGCCCAAAGGACAUCCAGCCAACAUUACACAAAUGUUGGAAGCAUUGGAGUCAACAUGGGCCAGCAUCCCUGUGGAUGCUUUCGAUACCUUGUAGUCCAUGCCCGAUGAAUUGAUGCUGUUCUGAGGGCAAAAGGGAGUGCAACUCAAUAUUAGGAAGGUGUUCCUAAUGUUUUAUACACAGUGUAAAUCAUAAUCCAUAAACAAUUACAGGGUUAAUUAAUUAAAUCGUCAUUUGUAUGACAAAUAAUCCCUUACAACUAGACUUGUCCCAUAAAUCCCCAGAUUCUUCUCUGUAUUGGUUCUGCAUGUGCAGUGCAACAAACUUUUGAAACCUACAACAACCAUUAAUUUAUUUUAUUGAGCAACCGGUCCAUGAAUACACACAUUGUGUCAUAGCCUCCCUCUAGAAAACCUUCCGCAAAUUACCAAAUAUCCUUAUCUCCAGCUGUCCUCCCUGGCAUUCAGUUUCCCCUAGUAGAGGCUAUCUUGUUGCAGUAAAUUAGCGUUAACUGGGAGGAGGAGGCCACUCAUACAGACUGACUUUACUUGGCUUUGGCAGCUCCAAGCAGGAACAAAACUGAGGGGGAUAUCCAUUCCACAAGCAAGGAGGAAAAACAGGCUCACACUUUCUUAAAGAUCUCUCAAACUUCCCACAUCUGAAGGUGAACAUGUCUUUUAUACUCACUCCACAGGUAUUCUCCACAAUAUGGUUUACAUAGCUCUACUUCGCAUAGCUUAAUGCCCUUCUACUUGUUAACCGUUAACUGCCAUUGGUUGAUGUCACUAGCACUAACUGCAUGCAGUAUAACAGUGCUAUAUGCAUUUGUGUGCCGAGGAAGUAUUGUAACUGCGCUUCUCUACAUCCUUUAAGGGUCUUUGUAGAAGGUGAAUUUAAAAGACAAAAAGGUAUGACUGUAAACUGUUAGAGAUAUGAUUUGAUGCUGUGAUGUCUGUACUUUUCUGUUCUCAGGAUGUUUUUCUUCAGGCAUGGUCAAAUGUUUUCAUAUUGCUUCAAAAUAUGAAAGCAACUUUUAUUGCUCAUCUUAUCCUAAAUCGUUGAAAUAGCCAAUGGAUCCUGGGAAAAGUAGUAGUGUUUUUGGAAUGCUAGUAUUGUCUCAUGUUUUUGAUACACUGUGAAGGGCGUUCCCUGAAGCACGAGAACCUCGAGAUUAACCAGUGCUGCUGAUCUCAUCACACGGUCUGUCUCACCACAACAGGAUAUUACACAGAACAGAUAAGGAAGUAGGGAGGAAAGUGUACAAUAGCUCAUAAAACUGAAACAGCCUUGCUAAUCGAUCUGAUUGUUGGCUUUUACACUCUCAUUUUAAAAAAACUGUCAGUCUGACAGUUCGCUACUGAGCUCUUGGAAGAUUUUAUUUUAGAUAAGACCAUGGAAUGAAUAAAGUUGAAGUUUAUACUUUAUUUGCGUCUGCAGUUACAGACCAAUGAGUGUUACAUACACUGACCGCAAAUGAAUCCUUAGUGCUUGCUGUUCCCAGCCACUUUGAGCAGUGUCAGGUCCACUCAAUCUUCUGUAGUGUAGGAGUAGACUCCCUGUUGACCCCAGCGGGUAGGGACCAUGGUGAUAGCGGGGAGUGUCAAGUACAUCCACAUCAACUGGGCUGGUGCAUUCAAUCUGAUAAUCAUCAAUUACAGAUGGGAGUGUCACAGAGUAUAUCCUCUGAUUGAAUCACCAUAGCACCCAAUACACUGGGAAUCUGAUCUGAUGUCUGGGAGCCAAUGACAUUGAUAUUUUUAUGGCCGAUAUAUAGAUGGGAUUAUGAAAAUCUAAUAAUCUGAAGUGAUAUUAAUCGGCUCUGAUCACAUGGGGAGGGGAACAGCUCUGGCAAUAUAAAUAUUACUGUUACCCUAUUCUUUUUGAUGAGAAAUCAAUAAAAUAGACAAGAUUGCCUAACAAUUUGUCUUCCUUCUGUCAACUCUGCAAAUUCCAUCUUUGUGUGAGGCAGGUUGUCUAUUGUUUGUAUUCAUGAUUGAUUUGUUAACGGAAUGAAAAAUGUAAAUAUUUUUCCCCUUCUCCUCCUAUCUUCCUCCCAGACUAGGAUGGCCAGUUGCGGGUCGUGUUUCUGGAGCAUUGUGUGGCUGGUGAUUUUACUGAUCAUAGGCUGGCCACUCAGUAUCUUACUGGGGGGGCUCUACGGCCUCAUCACCCCCCUUACCACCUGCGUGGGCCUGGACCGCUUGUCAGACCUGCUCCUGGAGGGGGCCAACCUGGGUCGGACCUGCGCCCAGAACAUGAAACAUGGCAAGGCAGUGUGCUGA